GAGACAAAAAAAGAUUUAUCAGGUCCACCACAUCGUUUGCUUUUUAUUCUAAGAAAAAGAUAGGAGGAGAAAAUCGCCUUCACAGCCCCUUCUCCGCCCUCCGCCUCAUCCUCUUCUCCGGCGCCGCCACCCCACCCCUUCUAUCGAGCGGUGUUGCCUCUCCUUCCCGGGACGGGGAGGGGGACGGGAAAGGGAGGCCCGAGGGCGGCAAGUUCCGUCAGAUGGUAGUGGCCGUCGCCUCGGAGGGCGCAGGGGAGGCGCGCUGCUCGCGUCGCUCACGGAGCCUUGAGAGGCGCUCUUGUUCUGCACGGAGGACGCCGGGGGCUACUUCCCCGUCGAGUCCGCCGCCCGGGCGCUUGUGCGGCUGGCCGAUGCCGAGGUCGCCAGCCCCGACGAGAUGCUGCUCGCCGUGCGCGCCAUCACCUGCAGAUAACAAGGUUUGUAUUUUCUACUCAGCUGGUUGGAUAUUAGUUAUGAAGGUUGUCCCUGGAUUUUUGCUCUAUCGAGGACUGCAUGAGCUUGGUCAAUAUGCAUUCUUGGAAAUUCUCUGGGAGCCAGCCAUAAAGAAGGAAUUCCUAUUGUAUCCUGUGGCAUUCUUAGUUAGAAUUUGUUAUUGCCAUCAGAAGGUGUACUACUUGACCAUGCAGAAUACAAGGUGUCACGAUGAUUUGAUGAGCUUGACCACGUCAUCCCUGCCAGUGCCGAUUAGCUCAGCCUUGGUGGCGGCGGGCUCCUGGACCACCUCAAGCAGGCGCCUGCUGCAGCGGCCGACAUGUGAGGGGCAAAUUAUAUUUCAAUGAUACAAAUGGCUGAUGUUAGUUUUGGUAUAUAUGUGGUCAAGAAGGUUGUCAAGUAGUGAUGGCCUCAGAUUUGUUAUGGGGCAGUUUUUUUUAAUAGAGCGCUUCUUGCGCACAAGCACUGGAACCAUCGGUCUAUGACAUACAUGAUUCUCUAUAACUUCUACCAGAAUGCUUUCUUUGUGUUAAUGCUCUUCUGGUACGUAUUCCCACCUCUGUGUGUUUCUCAUAUGAUGUAAGCUCAGUAUAUCUGUGUUACCUUUGUUACCUGUCACCUACAAUUUGACUAUCCAAAUGUAUGAAUAUACGGAAGCAUCAUCCCGCACUCCCUUUUGGCCUUUUUGGACCCCUUGUAAUGUACACUGGUCUAAUUAAGUUCUUAAUGAAUUGAUUUAGGCACACUACAUAUUCUGUAACUCUUGUGCUGAUAGAUUAGAGUACUGCUUUCCAUUCCAUUAUCUGCACAUCAGUACCCACAGUAGUGGUUGAUAUUCUAGAGGACUUACUCAUAAUAGUCAUAAUACCCUUCUUUAUUGUCUGAGACUAUUGAGGCAAAGCUUCAAAAUGAGAGCUACAACCUGACACUCUUCUGAAACAUAAUGGUAGAUACCUUGUAACAUAGCCUUGUCCUUUCCUAUGUACAUUUCUUCACAUAAAAUAUCAGUUCUGUUUCAUGUAGCAGUCUUCUUUGUUAGUAAUGUUCCAUGUUUCUGUUUACAUGUACGUUCAUUAAUUUUCCCGUUUGAACCCCCUUAAUUAGUAAGGUGAUCUCACAAGCUUGGGUCCUAAACCACAAGAGCUCGAGAAAGUCGUCAUACAUUCCUUCUGUAGUGCACUAGCAACCUCGGAUACAAGUACCAGUGGUGGUUUCUCUGUUCAUAGGAGACAUGCUGAAGACUGUCUUCCUCGGACGGUUAGCAUUGCAAGCACUUUUUGACUCCACUUGAUGUCUACAAAAUUUCUGGCUUAUUGAAUGAUAUGGUUACUUGCAAGACAUGUCGUAGAAUCCACAUAGAACCGAGUGGCAUUUUCCUCACAUUUCAUGGUGAUUUUAAUUUGAGCAUUCAGCUUGAAUACCCUUUAAACUUUCCGUCGUUGUGCUCUUAUAGUUUUGGUGUAGCACUUCAUGUCACAACUGAAUGUUGAAUUCUUACCACUGCAGAAACUUCAACAUAUACUGAUUCAUUAGAUAAUGAGUAUGUGUGAGCUCUUGUUGUCUUUCUGGUUGAAUGUUGAAUUCUUACCACUGCAGAAACUUGCAACAUAUACUGAUUCAUUAGAUAAUGAGUAUGUGUGAACUCUCUCUGUCUUUCUGGUUCUACCUCAUGCCAUCAGUGUUUUGUGUUUCAGAUGCCCUAAUCUCCCUUGUAUUUAAGCGUCAUUUAUUAGCUCUUCCGAAAUUUGUCGCCAAAGUAAGUGGAAUGGGCGCUUUCAACCUGGCACCGCCCAGAUUUCUCUCAAGAGGCGCCACUAGGUGGCGCCCCAACCCCUAGUGUGCAUGAAAGGCAGACACACUCCGGCUGAGGUUAACUAUAUCUACACACGAAGUCGGGCGAGCACGCAACUGUACACGUUUGUUGGCUGGGCGCAACUACAGUCUAUAGUUGUACACCUGCCGUCCGCAUACAACUUCUUUUUUGCGAGUGUCCGCAUACAACUACAAUUGCACAUUCCUCAUUGGCCACACGCAAGUACAAUUGCACAUGCAAUACAUGUUUUACAAUUGGGCUGCUAGAUUUUUAAGUUGUAGUAUUUAUGUUUUUCAUAUUUAUGAAAAUAUAUUAGAACAUUAGAUCUCAUGCAAUACAUGUUUUAAAUUAUCGUAACAUCUAUAGCCAUAUAUGAAAAUGCACAUAUUUGAAACAACCAUCUGAGGGACAGACUUUAUGUCACACAACGACUACUUUUCCGUGUCAAAGACCGCUUAGUGGCCAGUAACGCGCGACUUGAAUUUUUUCUAUUACACUAUACCUUUUUAAACAAAACUAGAUAAUUGCCUGUGCCUUGUAAGGAUAUAAAUAUUCUAAUAGUAUGUUAGUUCAGGAUUUACCUGCUCAUAUUGAUGUGAUUAUGUAAAUAAAUGUUUAUCAAAUCAAUGUCAUAAUUUACCUAUCUAAAUAAAUUUAGUAUUUUAUUUGGUAAGAACUAACUGAGUUAACAAAAAAACAUAAAUUUAUUUGGUAAGUCAAUAAAAUGUGGGAUAGUUAAGACCGUUUCAAGAAAAACCGGUAAAAACAAGAGAUCAGAGGGGGAAAAUCAAAACAAAGAGAGGAAGAGGAAAACGUAGGUAAGGUUUGAUGAAGCACCAUGCCUAAUAAUUGGUGUUUUUUUAAUCCUAUCCCCAACUAUGGUGUUAUUUUGUAAUUUUAUCCUCGGCCCAAUAUAAAUUAUAGCUAUGCCUAUUAGAAAUACAAAUCUCUAUCUCUAUCUCUACUACUUAAAAGGAAUCCAAGGUUUCCCCUCCGGUCUUGCGUUCUCAUUUUCUUCCGCCUCCAACCCGUUUGGAUUUUUUACCACCUCCCAUGAUUACAAUUUUUUUCUUACCGAAACGUUGUUUUCUCACAUGUUUAUCAAUCGUAACCCUUUCCCUCUUCCCGCCUUGCGCGAACUGGUGUCUCAGUGAGAUCGGGUGGGUGGGCGUGCCUCAUGCAGGAUUUGGUCUGGAUGAUGCUCCUAUCCUCGAGAGCUCGACGCUGAGGGCGAUCCACCGCUGCCACUGCCAGCCUUCUGAUCCACAACUGACAGACAUGUCUCGAGAUCACCAUGCGCCUAGGGCUUCAUGCACCAUGCAAAGGGACGUGGCCACUAUGACGAGGCUGUGCAGCUCACCUCCAAGCACAUGUCCAAGGUAAGCUUGGCUACUCCUUAGGCUUUGUGAUGAACAUGUUUUCUUCAGUUUUCAGGAUGGUCAUGUUGACGAUUUCAAGAUCUUGAUUGCAAGGUAUUGCUAUAGCUAUUGGUCAUGCAAUAUUGUGAGGCUUGAAAAACAUACUUGUUCGACAUAACUUUGAUUGUGCUCUCAUAGGUAAAACCAAACUCUGUCCAAUAAAAAAUUGGCAUAGCUUAACAUGCUCAGAAGGGUAAGCUUAUUUCAUUGGAGUUAUCACGUCCAAUAUUCAGAAGAGGAUAUUCAUGUUGAUGCAUUAUCCAUAAUUAUUCUCGUUGUAAGGACGUGAUUCCAAGGGGGUCAUGGAAAGUUUGGAUUUACUUUUGUUAUGGGAAGCUUGCAUCAGUUGUUGCAGAAAAAAUGCAUUGCUCAUAAAGAAGUAUUCUGGGCUUUUGAGAUAUAAAUUCUGGUGUUUAGAUAUUCUAUAUUUUAGAACCUAAUGUUGCAUACCGAGCACUAUUUUUGCCAGUUGAAAGCUCCACCGGGUGCCUUCUACAGAGUAGUUAGUUGCCAGACUCCAUUGUUAUUGUAUUUCUUAGCUAUUCGAGGUGUAUAUAAUAGUGUAAAUGCUUCAUAAAAUAACAAAAAUGUAUUGAAUGCAUAAUAGAACUGUAUAGCGUUUGCCCUUGGAGAAACUUGUAUGGAGUCAUAUUGUGAUCUUCUA